AUGCGAUUUUUAAACUCGAAAACACUAGAGUUCGAGGAAUUCCUUGGCGAAGCCGGCAGAGGCAUCCCUCCUUACGCAAUCCUCUCUCACACAUGGGGCCUGGACGAGGUAUCUUACAAGGACCAUGUCGACAAGAAGAGCGCUUCACAAAAAGGGUUUGUCAAGGUCGCAGGAUGCUGCCGGCUCGCCGACUUUGAGGGUUUUGGCUACGUGUGGAUCGACACGUGCUGCAUCGACAAGUCGUCGAGCGCAGAACUGAGCGAGGCCAUCAACUCCAUGUUCCAGUGGUACCGGGACGCGGCCAUUUGCUACGCCUGCCUGAGCGACGUGGACAGCUCGGAGGAUGCCACCCUGGAAACAUUCUCGUUUGCUGGCAGCCGCUGGUUCACGCGUGGCUGGACGCUCCAGGAGCUCCUCGCUCCGGCAGAGGUCGUCUUCCUCGCCUCGGACUGGAAGGAGAUCGGCACCAAGAUGUCGCUCGCCAAAGAGGUCUCUUGCAUCACGGGAACUGGCCUCAGCGCGCUGACGGAGCGUCGCUGGUCUGAUUACAGCGUCGCGCAGAUGAUGUCGUGGGCCGCUGGGCGCCAGACGACGAGGCCCGAGGACGAGGCCUACUGUCUGAUGGGGCUGUUUGGCGUCAACAUGCCCAUUCUCUACGGCGAAGGUCUGAAGGCCUUUUACCGUCUGCAGCUGGAGAUUUUGAAGUAG